AUGUUUUUCCAGGAUGUCAAGCAAGGUCCACCAGACCCGAUGUACCAUCUCAAAGUAGCAGCAGACCAAGACACGAACAUCAACAAGGUGGAUCUCGGCGUCGGUGUAUAUCGCAAUGAAAAAGGUCAAUAUCACGAACUCGGUGUUCUCAAAGCUUACGAGAUAACCACAGGAUCUCCAGAAUUCCUACAGAAGGCCAGCCAAGUAAUCUUCGGAAAAGAUUCGGAGUUCCUGAACAAUGGACAGAUUGCUUCCGUACAGACGAUCUCGGGGACAGGAGCAAUCCAUAUUGGUGCCCUCUUCCUUCGCAAUUCUGUCCCAAAUUUGAACAAGUCUAUCUACGUAGGAACUCCAACUUGGGGGAAUUAUGUGCCCAUGUUUAACUUGCUCGGAUUGGAAGUACAAACAUACAACUACUAUGAUAAGGAGACAGGAGAGGUCGAAUUUGCCUCUUUACUUGCGGCCGUGAGGACUGCGCCAAAGGGGAGCACGUUUGUCCUCCAGGCAUGUUGCAACAACCCAACCGCCUCAGAGCUGACAGAGCAGCAGUGGCGAACCCUUGCGGAGGAGAUGACCUCCCGGGGACACUUGCCCUUCUUCGACAUUGCUUACCAAGGCCUUGGCCGUGGCUUAGAUGAGGACGCAUAUGGAGUGCGCCAUUUUGCAAGCUUGGGCUCAGAGAUGAUUGUCGCUCAGUCCUUUGCCAAGAAUUUAGGGCUUUAUGGAGAAAGAGUUGGCGCGUUACAUGUUGUGGCCUCAACCAAGGAAGCUGCGGCAGCUGUCAAGGAUCAGCUUCGUUGCAUGAUUCGGUGGGAGUUUUCCUCUUCUCCUGCGUAUGGGUCACGUUUGGUAGAUCUCAUUCUAUCAGAUCCGGAAAGCCAGGCCAAGUGGCAUGUUGAGCUACGAGAGAUACGAGAAAGACUAGAACGCAAUCGACAGAAGUUGUUUCAUCAGCUGGCUAACGUCCACAAACAUGAGCAGACACCCGGAAACUGGCACAUAAUCAAGCGUGGGCAGGGUUUAUUCAGCCUAUUGCCCCUGACACCUACCCAAUGCGAAGCUCUGAAGCGGGAUUAUCAUAUAUAUGUUGCUCCGAAUGGGCGGAUGAACAUUUCUGGGCUCCGUGAAUCGAACAUUAAUUAUGUAGCUCAGUCGAUUGAUACAGUAGUUCGUUCAAGUAGUUGA